CGUCCGUUUCCGCGUGCGUCUGGACGCAACGCGCCGGAAGGCGUGUGUGCACUGCGUCUCCGCCGUCGAUGCAAACGAAGUAAGAGGCACUGAGUCAAAGCUAAAAUCCGCAUUCAAGACAAGAUGGCAGGGUUGCCCCGCAGAAUCAUUAAGGAAACACAGCGUUUGUUGGCAGAGCCGGUGCCAGGUAUAAAGGCAGAGCCAGAUGAGGGGAACGCUCGCUACUUCCAUGUGGUCAUCGCCGGACCUCAAGACUCCCCCUUCGAGGGAGGAACUUUUAAACUUGAACUCUUUCUUCCCGAAGAAUAUCCCAUGGCAGCUCCGAAAGUACGCUUCAUGACCAAAAUAUAUCACCCCAAUGUAGACAAGCUGGGAAGAAUAUGUCUAGAUAUUUUGAAAGAUAAGUGGUCUCCAGCCUUGCAGAUCCGCACAGUGCUGUUAUCAAUCCAGGCAUUACUAAGCGCUCCCAACCCUGAUGAUCCUCUAGCAAAUGACGUCGCAGAGCAGUGGAAGUCUAAUGAAGCUCAAGCCAUAGAGACAGCCCGAACAUGGACCAGGCUUUAUGCCGGAAACAAUAUUGAAGUCUAGAAAUGUAGGUGGGGAGACAAAGAGAGAGAGAGAGAGAGAAAGAGGAAGUCAAGAUUGAAAACAACUCCAUGUUCUGCCAAGACCUAUUCAUUUUCAUUUAAAGGACACAGUCUUAGGAAACAAAAAAUUAUGAUAAACUGUAAAGAAUAUAUUAAGACAAAAGUAAAAAAGAAAACUUCAGGCGAUUUGUGAUUUAAAUGCACAUUAGUAUAAAAGUCUUUGUCCUGAUUCACUGCUGUUGAGAUGCAUGGGCAGAUGAUCUACUCAUACAGCUUUUUUCACAGUGGUUGAGUAUGUAGCCGCAGACUUCUGCUAUGAAGCGUGCAUUAAAACGGUCAUUUGUCUGUCCUUUUUUUUUUUUUUUUUUUUUUUUUUGGAAAGGGGGUAACUUUUUAUAUUUCUUUUAACCUAUUUUCUUCAUUGCUCUUUUUUUUUUUUAAAUUUUUUAAUUAUAAUUAUUAUUAUUAUUAAUGAGGAGCAGCAGACUAGCCCCCAUUUAGAACACCCUUCUUUCAAACUGCAGACGUACCCUGAUAGAAAACCUAGCAAAAAAGUGUUAAGUUCAGUAAAACUGAAAAGAGACGCCAGAUUUAACAUCACAUGCAAACAGUAAUUUCCCCAGGGAAAUAGUUAAACUGGAAAGUCCUUCCACCAUCACAGAAACCGAUAAAGAUGUAAAACCUAAUGUAGACUUAAUUUAUGUUUUGGACUACGUGCAAGAUAUAGCUAGAGUGAACAGAGUUUUUGCGUAAUAUUUCUUUUAGUAUAACAAUUCUGUUAAUGUAUCCGGUUUUAGUGUUUUGUUUUAUCUAUCUUGCCAUCGCUGUACUAAUUGCACUCUUGAAACUCCAUCAUUGUGUGCUUUUUUUUUUUUUGUGUCCAUCACGGUCCAGUGCAUCGAGAUUCAUUUGUCUGUUUCUUCCCUUAAGCAUUUAUUUUGAAACGCCAUGGUUGAAGGGGAGGGCUGGAGACAAAUGACGAAUAGUGAGGUUUUAGUAAAGGGGCGAGGGGUGGGAAUGUUUGCAGAAACAUUGCAAAAGAUCAAUAAAGGCUUUGUCUCAAUUCCCACGAUUGGUCUUUUGUUAAAACAUCAAUUUCAACUGUGUUUGUAACUUCCUGCUUUCUAUAGAAAGGGGAAAAAGAUCCUGCUUUUUAAAAUGUGAUGACAACAGUCCACACACAUAUUUCUGUUCUUUCUGUAAAUAAAAAUCUGUUGAUUAAUAAGAAA